AUGCUGAAGAAGAUUCUUAUAUCAAAUAACCUGCAAAGGUUUGAUCCGCGUUGGAUGCUAAGGCAAAAGAGAAAAGGAUGUUGGAGUUGCAGGAGAUCAGUGGGACAGUCUGGGAGAAGUCCAAGCGAAGCAAUGACUUUGUGGAACAGUCAAAAGCGCUCAUGUUCGGCUGAAACUGACGGCAUCAUCAAGCACAUGCAGAAAAAUCGUCGUAUUUAG